AUUACAGAAUUAUUGAAUACCAGAAGGCAGCUAAGAGGAAUUAAUUGACUCAAAGUCAGUUGGUUUAAACCCCAAAGAGGGGAUUAAAUUUAAUAACACACGAUGCAGUCUAUGAUUUCUUCGUAGCAACCACUUUUCUCCAAGCACGUCUCGCAAUGAUGGACGGAACACUGGAUUGGCGAUCCAUCCACCACAAGCACUCUCUAAGCAGGACUGAUGGAGUUAAUCGUGCGUCGUGGGGACCAGAACUCUGACGAAUGGCCCCUAUAGGGCCAAUGUGGGACCCGGCGCUGUCAUUGGAGAAUAGCAGCGCAUGCGUCUGUCGAUCCGGCAGCAGCGCGCGUUGCGAUAUCUGUCCAGAAAUCCGGCAGUGGUUUCGCCGGAGUCCGGUGUGCCAAGAAAGAUCCUUACUAUCGAGAGAGCCCUCUGAUUACAGAUACCAAGGUCUCAGAGCAUUUAACGAUAAAUUAAGAAAGCAGUCCUCGUUACAUAGAUUUGAGGAAGAGAGAAAGGUGCUGAAAAGGAGAAAAGAACUUUCUGGGAUAUAUUCACGUCACUUCCGGUACUACGAUGCUCUACAGGUUUUGGACUCUAGCCGUGGACUGAGCUCUACAGAUCUAGGUGGGAAAUCUUUGCCAUUUUCUCGUCGUGGCCCGAGGUUUCGAAACUCCGUCUACAUGUGGGUCGAUCGAAAUGGGAGACCCGUCUCCCCUCCAUCCAGUCAUUCCAGAAGUCCAAGUUACAAGGAGAAAGCACCUCUCAAAAAGGUGAUGGUAUCUGUAGAAGAAGGUUUAUCGCUUGGUUUUAUGAUUCGUGGAGGAGCUGAGUAUGGUCUUGGAAUCUAUAUCACAGGGGUAGAUGAGUCAUCAGCUGCUGAUCUGGCUGGUCUACAAUUUGGCGACCAAAUCAUCUCGGUCAACGAUAUCGACUUCACCAACAUCACUCACGACGAAGCAGUGACUCUUCUACAGUCCUCCCCCCACAUGUCCAUGGUAGUGAGAAGCGAGGGAAGGGUGCCUCACUCCACGAUCCCUUACUCCCCCAAUGAGACGGCAGCUUCCUCCUCGGCCUGGUACACAGAAAAUCGACCCGAAUUAUCUAGGAAAGGAAGUCCGAGGAAACGAGAUCAUAAAGCAGAAGAAACAAAGUCGUCAAAUUCCGAAACCGCAGAACAUCGACUUGAGCGAAAGGCAAGAAAACUUCUCACAGAGAGCCAAAGGAUUACCUUAGCGUACUAUUGCAACGAGUAUGAAACAGGGGCCAUGCCUGUGGACUCAUUCCUUUCUGUCCUUUUGGAGCAAUUGGAUACGCCGGAAAAGUACACGCUGAUGACAGAAGUCAGAUCUCUGGUCAGAGGUGAGGAUCUCGAUAAAUUCGAUGAGCUUAUUUACCGCAGGGAACUGCAAGCCAUGAAGUCCAAGGAAACAAUGAAACUGGCAGUGGAAAUACAUACGGAGCACGCAGACGAUAACGUAUCUCCCCCU